AUGCUAUUUAAUUCAGUUCUAAAACGUUCUAUUAGAAAUACAGCUGUUAGGCAAUUUGUAACUAAUGGAGCUGCACAUACUAUAAGGCCAGUGAGAGGUUUACCAUGGGUUUCAUCUGAGAUUCAAAGAGUAGCACCAACAAUAUUACGUUGGAGUACAUUUCUAGUUGUAGUUCUAGGAUGGCCAGCACCUUUCUAUUAUUAUCAUAAGAUCAAAUAUCAAAGUUAA